AAUGCUAGCAAAAUUCCACCGUUUGUUUUUCCCACGAUCAUUCAUCCAAGCACAACUUUAUUAUUUACUACGUAAAUCGCGGCCGAAUAGCACCGUCAUCGCCAUGGAUAAAGUGUAUCUGCGCAAUGCUCAGGACACUGAUGACUUGCACAUCACGUUCCGUUAUGCCAACAAAGCACUAAAAGUGGAUCGAGAUUUUAAUUUCUGCAGAAAAAUGGAUGAGCGUGUGGAUGAAGCUUUGAUUCGCAUACGCGGCAAUGUCGAGAAGGAGUUCGCCAAACGCAACAAGAAGAAGAACAAGAAGGCGGCAGCCGCAGCUGCAACAGAAACAUCUGAGAAUACACUGCCCGAAGCGCCAAGUGAGAUUAUUGUGGAACUUCAGCGAGAAGGAUGCGAAGAUCGUAUAUUGGGCAUCACUUUCGCCCAGCUGCUAACGCAGAUUGAAGAUGGACUGAAGCUGCGUGUGCUGGACACCACAUUCGAUGUGGUGCUUAAUCAGCCGUGGACGGGAGCUCUACAGCUGCCCAGUUGUAUUUUAGCUGGUUGUCUGGUAUAUCCUCUGAAAUUGGAACUGCAGUUUGCCAGUCGGGAACACUGUUUGGGCCAAUGGUACAGAACACCAAAACCACCAGCAGGCGGCAUACUCAAUGAGAAAACAAAGUGGGAGCCUUGCGGAAAGGGAUUGAUUUAUCAGGUUAAGGCCGAGGAUAUUGAUUACCAUUUAAAGUUAGAAGUUACGCCAGGCAAUGAGAAAGGAUUGUUGGGACCACCAACCGAAUGUGUAAGCAAAUCCUCCGUACAACAAGCACCGACUUCUUUCCCCUUCGAGCAACGUCAGCAAUACACAAAGGAGCCACUGAGCAAUCCGCUUGGACAACGAGUGGUUACCUACAAUCUGCUGGCGGAUCUUUAUGCAGAUGGCGAUUAUGCAAGGAACACAUUGUUUCCCUAUUGUCCUGCAAAUGCUCUGAAAAUGGACUAUCGCAAGCAGUUGUUCAUCAAGGAGCUGGUCGGUUAUAAGGCGGAUCUGAUGUGUCUGCAGGAGGUGGAUCUGAAGAUAUUCGAGCAUGAUUUGAGACCAGUGCUGGAACAGUCGCCUUAUGGUUACGACGGCAUCAUGACGCCCAAAGGCAACUGUGCCGAGGGCAUUGCGAUCUUUUAUCGCUCGUCCCGCUUUAAGCUCCUCAACAAGUAUGAUUUGCAUUUGGGCGACAACCUCAGCACUUUGCCCAUCUUUGCUGGACUCUGGAACAAGAUUAAGCAGAAUGAAAUGUUGGCGUUGCGCAUUUGUGAACGCUCCACAACGCUGCAGCUGUGCCUGCUGCAGUUGAAGGAUUCGGGUCGGUAUCUCCUCGUGGCCAAUACACAUUUGUAUUUCCAUCCGGAUGCGGAUCACAUACGACUGCUCCAGAUUGGUUUCUCGCUCAUUUUUGUGGAGCACAUCUACAAGCUGGCGAUGAGAGAGCAAAAAAUCGAUCCCUCGAAUAUUGGGCUUAUAUUCUGUGGGGAUUUCAAUAGUGUGCCAGAAUGUGGCAUUUAUAAGCUGAUGACGGAGCGAUUUGUCGGCAGUGAUUUUGUGGAUUGGCGAAGCAAUGUGGAGGAGGCUGUGCAGGAUGUUGAACUAAGGCAACCCUUUCAAAUGAACUCAGCAUGUGGCACACCCGAUUAUACCAAUUAUACGACGCUCUUUGCCGCCUGCUUGGAUUACAUAUUCUAUGAAAGCGAUCGCUUCAAUUUGGUGCAAUCGGUGCCGUUGCCCAGCGUGGAGCAACUGAGCGAACAUCAGGCAAUACCUUCCAUCACAUUUCCCUCGGAUCAUGUCUCCCUCAUCGCAGAUCUAGCAUUUAAAUCUAACUAAUUGCAAUGUUGUAUACUAAUGUAAAUAAAUUGUUUUUAUUUCUGUG